GCUCCCGUUGUUUCUUAUCUUCACUGAAAUCUAGAUCUAGCCUAAAAACUUUUCGCAAGUUUUGGCAUUGUAAUUGAUUGUUUCAGCUGUGAGGUUCUGUUUGCUUACUGUUUUGAGACUAUUUCACGUCGGCAAUAAAGAUGUCCUGUGUUCUUUAUCUGUGCGCCUUUGUGGCGUGUACAUACGGUGUGUAUGGUUACUCGUCUUCUUUCUACACGGACAAUGACCUCGGGCAGUCGGUGCCGAUGGGGAAGGUGAAGAACAGACAGAGAGAUGAAGUACAACAGGAGCUCCUGGAGCUGAUGGGCCUGUACAGCAAGCCCAAGUCCAAGUCCAACGAGAAGAUCAUCCAGUCGGCGUCCAAGUUCAUGCGGGACCUGUAUGAGAGCCUGCGCGAGCUGGACCAGGCCGACCAGGACGGGGGAGACGACUCCCACAUCCACAUCAGCAGCUCUGUCAACGCUUCGGCGCUCGGCCUUGACCCGGCUAAAGUGGAGGGCUCAGAUGUCAUCGUUAGCUUUGUCAAUCACGCCAGGAAAAUGGCUCACCUUCGCCACGAGAGGGACCGCACAUUUUUCUUUGACUUCAGCGAGGUCUCCGUCGGGGAGCAGGUGAAGGGGGCAGAACUGCGCAUCUACAAGGAGGCUUCGUCCAAGUUUGCCUCCAGCUCCUUCACCAUCAGCCUAUACCGCAUCAAGCAGGGGCAGGACUGGGAAGACAAGAUCCUGGAGCUGGAGUCCAACCUGCGGGUGUCGGGUGAGCAGACGGGCUGGGUGACCUUGGACGCUACCGACGUGGCCGAGUACUGGACGUUCUUCCCCCUCAGCAACAUGGGCCUCUAUCUCAAGGUCACAGACGAGAAUGGUGAAGAGUUUGAGCCCAAAGAGAUUGGGCUGGUGGGUCGUCGCGGACCGGCGGACAAGCAGCCGUUCCUGGUGGGCUACAUGGACAUGUCGCCGGAGGUGCUGUCUCGCCGGGCGCGCUCCAUCCGCAGCAAGCGCUGGGCUGACCCACAGGACCGGUCCUACUCUGACAACCCCUACGCCGAGUACUCCAGGACGGGCUUCACGAGGUACCGCGCCCACAACAACUGCCAGAGACACAACCUGUACAUCAACUUCAGGGACAUUGGCUUUGACAGCGAGUUCCUGAUCGCCCCUGAGGGCUACUCGCUUACAAACACACACACACAAAAACAAACACAUACACACACACACACAAAAACAAACACACACACACAAAAACAAACACACACACACACACAAGCGCCACUGCUGCCCAAGCCCUGCUGCGCACCCACCAAGUUCGGCACCAUCACCCUGCUCUACUACGACGACAACUCCAGCGUGGUGCUCAAGAGGUUCCGCGAGAUGAUCGUCAAGGCCUGCGGCUGUCACUGAUGGACAUUUGUGGCCAGCCAUGGGGGGGGGGGGGGGGGGUAGAUGGAGAAUUGUGUCCAUAGAGGGUAGAGGGUGGAGAAUUGUGUUGAUAGGAGGUGGAGAAUUUUGUCCACUUAUGGGUGGAAGAUUGUUUCGACAGGGGUAGAGAAUUGUGGUAAUAGGGGAUGGAAGCCUGUGUCAACACAGACUGGCGAAUUUUGUGAAUAGGGAAUGGUGGAGCGUAAAAAAAAGCUACAUUUUUAAAGAAAA